GGUGGGCAGCAGAUGCGCGUCGCUUUCAACCUUCCCUCCGUCAGCGUGCACGGCACACUGACACGCGCCUGAGGCGCUCGUGUGGGAUGACGACUCCAUCGAUGACUGCUAAUUUGUCAGCGCACGCGCCCACGCGCUGCCGAGCCUCGAAGCGUCGGUGGCUUUUGCGCCGAGCCGGGCAAGAAGGAGCGGGUCUGAAGGCACGACGGCCGGGGUCCUUCUCAACACCGACACCGGGAAAGGGAUUUUAUUUUUAUUUUUCAUAAAUGCAUGUGAGUCGAAAUCCAAAAUCGCGCGCUCUGCGUGGCGAGACGCCUGCGUGACUGCAUGUUGUUUUUCUGUCGCCGAUCUCAUGGCAGACAUCGACCCCGCCUCGUUCCGUCGCCCGUCCGAUCCGCUGUGAGAGGAAAUCAUUCCGCUGGGAGAUGAAAAGCCAACAGCGACCAUCGCUGUUGGCCCUUUCGGCACUACUGCUGUGCACAUUGCACCAGACAGCUCGGACCCACAGCUUUCAUCGCAGCAGCUCUGCAUCACCGUCAUCAUCAACAACAGCAACAACAACAACACACCCUUCAGAGUCUAAAGACAGGAAUCGUUUGGGGACCCAAAACUGGUCUAUACAGACUAAAAACAGUUCGAAUUAUGGCUACCGACGCUACAAAAAUAGUCCAUCGUCGCUAAGGCUCAAGGAGGAACCAGGUCCAUCUUUCAACUCGAGUGAUGGCACUACUGUGGGAUCUAAAGGGUCUGACAGGGCGCCGAUCUGGAUCCCCAAGGAAGGGCCGUCACCACUGUGUGCCUACCAAGUGAUUGAGGGAGGCGUCGGGGAGCCGCUGUGUUUUAGGCACACGCUGUUUGGGUUCAAGUGUCAUAAGGGAGAAUGCAGCACCGUGGUGUCCGUGGGGAACCUGGUGGCAAAUAUUCUCGUCAAUGGCAGCGUGCUGUUGCAGUGGACCCGAGAGGUGGAAUCCUCAACCAUCGGCCGAGGCGAAAACACAAAACCAGCUGCAGCUGGUCGGACGGGCAGCGGGGAUCCGGGGACAAACAUAACAACGGAGGAAACUCGACGAUCAAACCCUCUCUUCGGUGGCCGACGGCACGAGAGGGCCGGCUACGAGUUAAACUGCUGGUGGAACGGGAGCUACACUCAGUUCGAGUGUGCCGGUGUCCAUCUUGGAUCUGGCUGCAGGGACCUCCUCCUGACUGAGCUGCACGAGAACAUCCCCUACCGCAUCUGCCUGCGCUCUCUAGGCCGCUCGGAUGCAGAUCAGAAAGCCAGCCGGCGGGACUGCGUUGAGUUUACCCUGCCGCCGUCUGGGAUGCAGGACAUCGUGAUCGCCAUGACGGCGGUCGGGGGAGCUAUUUGCGUGAUGCUGGUCAUCAUCUGCUUGCUUGUGGCAUACAUCACGGAAAACAUCAUGAGCCCCACGACGCAGCACACGUACUACCAGACUCACUCGCGUCACUGAUGCUGACGUCACCGUAACACAGCGUAAAUUUAACAUCCAUGACGACAUUAUCUAAUCUCAAUGUCACUAAAUGGUCCUUUUCAAUCAGCCACGUGCUGAUAUUCGCAUUCUGUUGUGAGUGAAUUUAAGCACAAACUACUGUUGCUCUGCAAAUAACAUGCCUUGUCAACCUCUGCACUGAACCAAAAGUACUGAUAACCUGUAUUUAAUAACAUACAGUUAACUGUUUUUGUUUGAGUUUUUGAGUCCAUCAAUCUGUAAGCUGACAGCAAUACAAUAAAUGAAAUGAUGAAGUGGCUUUUAGUGCAUCACAAACAGAGGUUUUUGCUUAAUGUGCAGCCUAUGACAUGGCAGACAUGUGCUGUCUUUGCUGUGACACAGGGGAAUUUAAAUUUCUUUUUUUCCACUUGACUAAACCAUUCCAUCAUCUAUUGUGGCUUUUAAGUCCGCCUACAGUGUGUACUUGUACUAUUUUGUGAAGGGCAAUACUAUCUGUUGUACAAUCUCCACUGUGCCAAACACCUUGAGUUAAAAUGACUUUAUGUUCCUGCUGUCAGUAAAUAAAGUACCAUAAGGUCAUUUGUAAUACUUA